CUUUGCGGUUGUUUCAUUUUCAUGUCAAUUAACUGUUUACUUUUGGUUUCUUUUUCAGGGGAAUCAUACGAAUAUCAGAAAUUUUAACGUAUAUGGCAAAAAUAAUCCGAUUCCAGGCAAAUUUUUUCCCUUUGAAGUGUCUUGAUGCUAAAAAUAACAAGGGGAUUUACCCCCUGAGUUGCGUCAUAUUGGCUUAGUAACCAGCCACGUUGCCUGACAUAACAUGCUGGAAGGCAGGGAGUAAACUUCAAGUGUUACGCGUUUUUUGGUUAAAAAAAAAAAUUUCAUGUCGCAAAGUGGAAUUUCAAGCCUGUUUUACUACCAUGGUAAGCAGUGCUCUCAUCAUCCUGUUGAAGUUUUGUUGGUCUGCAUCACUGGAACUGUUUGUUUGUUAAGUUUGAAUAUAUACGAUGCAACACAUUCUUCGGAAGACCUAGUCGAAAGUUCCGGCGAGAAGGUUAGUAGAUUAUUUCAGAAUUAUCGAAAUAUGAAUGACUGAAUUCAAUUUUAGACCAAAAUUUAUAUUUUAUGUGGCAAGUAGGUCUGAUAGAAUCCAAAAUAACGUCCUAUUAGGAGGGCUUUCUUUUGUUACUGGUCAUGUCGUGACUAAAUGAAAAGCUUACAGUAAAGAUAUCCACAAGUGUUUACAUCGAAUGUCAGGAUAUGAUUUAUGCCCUUUCACUUCAUGAAAAAUUUUCCAGGUAACCAGUUUAAUUUCGUGCUGCUGAACGAACAAGGAAAUCACUUGAAAAACAUUUAAGGAAAUGGUUUGAAUAGUGUGAAUUUAUAGCCAUAAGCUAAUCUCAUUUGCGGUGUGCAGAUUUUAAUGUAGCGGAAAUCGUCAUCUUGAUUAGGAAGCAGUGUAAGAAACCCCCUCAAAGCUUUAUUUGGUUGUCAAGGACUUGAGAAAGCAAUUAUUUUAGGUAAUUGCUUUUAAUAAACAUUUCACCAAGUGUGUAAUUUACCAAAGAAGGGAGUUUGUGGAGUAACACAAAAGAAAUUGCAUUUGUUCAAUAUACUGUCAGUGGCUACAUCCUGAUGUUAUUUACAGUUUGGUUAAUUGAUAGCCAUUGGAAUUACUGUAGGUGUGAACGUAUUAUUUGAAAUUUCCGCCCUAAUCAUUGUCACAAAAAUGUUAUGAACAGGUUGGAGCAAAUCUGAUAUAAGAAUUUUACUGUCCUAAUUUGGUUCAUUUGUCUCAACUGAGAGAGGAGUGUGGACCUCCAGGGCAAAUUUCAUUUUCACACGAUCAGAUGGCAAAUCCGAUACAACACUAUUGCUUAUUUGCUUGUGUAAUCUUCAUAUAAAUCCAGACAAUUUGAAUAUUUGAGUAAACAUAUAGGUUAAUGUGAAGAAUUUAGCAGGUAUUUUAGGUAUGAUUUGGUGACAUUUGCCAUUUUGUUUAAUUUUAGAUAUCUUUACCAGCUGGCUUACAUGUUGGCCCGACGAGUUAUUUCUUUGCUCUUGUGUGCAUUUAUCUUCAAUGUAAAAAGCUUAUUCAUCAAGGGUCUUCAUAUAUUUUAGGUAAGAUAGUCAUCUCUACAAGUAGAUACAAUUUUGAUUUUAAUGCUUUAUCCUAAGUCUAACAGUCAAAGUGAUACAAAAAAAAAAAAACCAUCUUGAAGCAGGCUGAUAUUCACAGUGAUGUCAGUCUUUUUAAAAUUCUUUGUUCUGUUUUGCAGCUUUGUUGGAAUUAGCUACAGCUGUUUUCAAUACCUUUUUUUUUUUUAUUUCUAGAAGUGUUUCAUUGAUUAAACUCAAUUUAUCCCAAAUAAAAUGUCUUGAGCCAUUUUUUUCUUUUUUAUUUUUAGGAUUUGUAUCCGUGUUUGCAGUCUUUUCCUGUCUAGUGUUUGGUUCUAUAGUGGCUAAUUUAUAUGGUAGAGAUUUUUGGGUUGUAAGGUGAGGCUCUGGAGAUGAUUCAUGAACUCUCUAACAAAUGUUUAUUUAGACCUAAUCUUUUAUUUAAUAUUUUCCUGUCAAAGUUGCAAACUGUAUAUUGUAAUGGGUUAUCAAAGAUGUGAUGAUUCCAGAAAUGUAAGGGUGUGUUUCGCCAAAUGUCUGGCAAUGAUAACUAUUUGUUUCCUUCCAGUGGGUUAAGCAUAGAUCACAUGAUCUUUUUUCCUGUGAUACUGAUUUUUGACUUUCACUUUCACUUAAGGAGUCAGUGAGAUAUUAUCUACCCUUCACACCUUGACAUCAGUUUGCAUAUUCUCAGUAGUGUUCUAUACAUUUCCUAAGGUGCUACAAGGAGUCAACAGUCAAGAGUUUGUAGUAAUAUUCAGACUGUUUACUUUUUCAGGGAGGCUUUACCAUAUUUCUUUCUUCUAAGUGACUUCAAUACAGCUAGUUCCUUAGUGAAGCACACUCUUCAAUCUUCGACUUAUGUGAGUAUAUGGCUGGCUUUCAGUUGGUGUGCAAGAUGUAGAGUGAGAAAAGGGUAGUGUAGGUGUGUUGAAGAAGUCGCAAUAUUUUGCAUUUUAUUUGAACUGACAACAUGAAAAGUAUGGGAAGAGUUUGGUGUAUAUUACAAAUUGAUAAUUUAGUGUAAUGGACUGAAUUAAUAAUGUAACUUGGCUACCAUUUAAAGUUUUCUGAAGCUGAUGUUUUGAACAUAAUAGCCCAUCAGAGCAAAUAUAGUUAUAUUGUUGUAUGUUAUAUUGUUUUAAUCCAAAUAAGGGUAAAGCUGAAGUUGUGACAGUACUAUAGUAAGUAGCAGGGACUGACACCAUGACAACAGGAGCGGAGGAUAUAUUGUGGAGUAAACAAGAAAUGUUUAACAUUUUUGAAGUUACAAUGGCUGUAAGAAAGGGGGUAUUUGCAAUGGAGCAUUAAAUUUUCAGAUCUAUGUUUAGGUUGUUUAAGUUGAUUUGUUAACCUCUAUUUAAUAUUAACUUAAAUUCCAUGUAACUUUUUAGGAUGCUGUUCCUGGCAGGAUUGCAGAAAGUAUUUGCUACCUGGGUCCAACUGUAACCCUCAAUACGCUUGUUGGUACUUUGGUGAUUGGUGUAGGAACUCUUUCAGGUUUGUGCAGUGUACAGUCUUUAGUUAAAUAGUCCUUCUCCUUUUUAAAACAGAAAAACAAAAACAAAAACAAGUUUUCUUGAUAGCUCCUUGCUACCCAUAUGUACCCCUGGAUGGGAGAUGCACUCUGAGAGAAAAGUGUAUUCCCCAAGAAUGCAAAACAAUAUCUGUAGUUUAGCUAGGAUUCAAACCAAGACUUCUCAUGGAAGAGUUUAUCUUAUUAGCCACAAGGCAAAACCACUUCUCACUUUUCUUUAUUUAUAUUGAUGUGUAUUAAAUUUGUGCUUUUAUUUUGGCAACACUUAUGGAAAAAAAAUUUUGUUUUGCAUAAUUUUCUAAGUAAUAAAUUUGUUACAUUUUUUUCUUUUUUUUUUGGCAGGGGUCACUGAGCUGGAGACCAUUUGUCAAUUUGGAUGUUUAUCACUGAUCACUCAUUACAUGUUAUUUAUGACCUUUUUUCCUGCCUGUCUGUCAUUGUUUCUUGAGGUAUGAAUACAGGAAGCUUUUUGUAUGUUAAGCUGUCUGCAAUUUCAAGUCCCAGAGAGAUUAAUUUUGUUUGGAUUUGCUUGAAACUAAAGUGAAAUGUCAAACUUUUUAUUGUCUCAACAAAAACAGGCACACAGCAAUAAUUUUCCAUAAAAUUGACAAUAUGAACCUUUUCUAGCAAAAACAGUUAAUCUUCAUCAAUUUUUUUCAAGUAGUUCCCUGAAUUGUUCUUAUAAUAACAUCAAAAUGAACCACUAAUUUUCCCUCCUUAGGGAAAGACAAGAAGGUAUUAAGCCUGUUUAAUGUUAAGCCUGAAAACCUGUUAUAUGUAUUUUUCAGUUAUGCACAGGAAGAGGAAAUAGCAAACCAAGAUGGCAGUUGGAAUCUUCGGAUACCUCAGAAGAGGAACUUGAGCCAAACCCUGUGGUGCAGCAGGUUAAACUUAUAAUGGUAAGGCUAAGUGAUGUUUCUUUUUCAUUACCUUACAGUGAUAUGGCUGAAGCAUUCUAUGAAAGCCAAUAUUUGAGUGAUUUUCAACUGAGUGUUGUAAAACUAAAACCAAUGGAAUUUAUUUAAAAGGCCACUUAGAACAAAGGAAAAUAUUACACAGAGCAAAGGAGUUCUCAAAGUAAAAACAAUUAAAGCAAGAAGCAAGCUACCAUUGUUUUCAGUGUAGAGUGUGAUUGGUUAUUGAAGUGGACUAAGUGUUCUGGAUCAAUCACACAGCAAAGUAAAGCAACUUGAAACCAAAGCAAUCGUAGAGUACUUUUGACACCUAAAUGAAUAUACCUCCAAUAUAAAACUAUGCAGAGUAUUGAAUAUACCCCCUCCUGAAAGAGUUCUGUUUAUACAAUAAUGCUACAUGUGCAAAGAUUGCUUUACCAAGUGGUUGUUAGCUUUCUUGCUCAAGUCAGUUUUAAAUAACCUAGGUGGGAGGGUAUACAUGAUGAUUUCUGAGAGCUAUACAUUGAUUUUCUAAUACCUGUAAGAGUUGUUUUGACAUCAGUCAUGAGUGUCAAUAGCUAGCUGAGGAGUGCUCCUAUGAUAUUUUAAAACCCCCUUCAAUAUAUACAAAGUGAGUAUUAAAGUGAGUAUAUGUACCCAAUUAUAGUAUCUUGUAGGUGAUUUAAUUAGUGGCGAUACUCCUCUUAGUCUACAGGAUUAAUGUUUGUUCAUCUGCACCGAUGGGUUAUGACUAGAAGUGGUGAUAACAGUGGAAAUUCAUUUAGGACUACUCCACUUGAAGAAGACUGGUUUAAAAGGUAUUUGCAUUUCAUGACAAAGUUAUGAUACUCAAGGUCAAGAAGAGUUAGCCUAAAAUACAGCAUUGAAUUUCAUACUCAGGACUAAGAAUUAAACAAGAGGGCAAAUGAACUGAACUCCUCUCCAGUCAAAUAUGCUCAUUCAAAUUGACGAACCUGAAAGAAGUCUGCAGUGAUGCUUGCAAAGUUUGGCUCUAUUUAUAUGAUAUUUUAACAAAUAGACCCAGUCACAGUGAGAUAAAGAAAAAAUAUGAAGAAAAUUAUGUACAUCUAUGUAAUUUAUCUCACAAUCAUUUUCUUACUUCACAGGUUCUUAGCUGGAAAUACUGAACAGGUGAUGAAAGAAUCCUGAGCAAUUUAUAUCAGUAACUACAGUAGUACUGAUGCUAUAUCUUAAGUUUUAAUUUUUUUUUCAUGGAUUUGCUUAGAUUAAUCUCAAUUUAUGUUUUUCUUUUACAGAUUGUUGCUUUAGUUUUUGGAAUUGGCUUGUUAGUAAGAUUCAUUAUGUAUAGUGAGGACAGAAUGCAUGAGCAUGUGGAGCAAACUCACAUGGAACCUCAGGAAUCCUUCAUCACUCACACAGACAUAGAUAGGAGUGAACAAGAAUCAGUUAAAUCAAGUGAAGAAAGCAUAGCUUCUGAAAAGACUGCUGAAACAAGAUCUGAGCCUGUAUGCUUGCCCAGAAAAGAGGCUGUAGAGGAGGAAAAUCAAGAACAAUCUCAGGAUCUUAGUUCUAGAACAAAAUUAGAGGUCCGUGAUAGAAGGAGAACAGUUAGUGAAGGUCAUUGUAGUGAGUGCCACUCAAGUGAUGAUGCUAAGUGUUCCCCAGUGCUUGUCAGGUUGGACAGUAGUCCUCCAAGAGUAGAAUACAAAGCACGUACUCUGGAGGAAUGCAAGCUGAUGCUGAAACAACCAGUAUGUCUAAGUUUGUUUUUUUCAAAACCUGAAUUACAAGACUACUUUUUGUUAUUAGCAAAGUGCAAACCAUUUAAAAUUGAUUGUUUCUUGAUAUAUGUUUCUUGAUAUAUGUUUCUUGAUAUAUGUUUCUUGAUAUAUGUUUCUUGAUAUAUGUUUCUUGAUAUAUGUUUCUAAACAGGAUGGAGUGUUAGACUUGAAUGACAAAGAAGUACAGAUGUUGGUAGAGAGUAAAACUAUUCCUGGUCAUCAGCUUGAAAAGGUUCUGAAAGAUCCAGCACGGGCAGUGAGAAUCAGGUACAAAGAGACUUUUGCUAACACUCAAAUGAAACAAAACUACAGGAUAGCAUGAUUGAGGGCAGUUGUGCAAUUCUGCACAAAAAUAAUGAAAGCCUCCAGAUUUCUCAAGCUGACGUUUAUUUUUUAUCUCAUAUACAGUGAAAAUAUAAGUCUUACCUUUGUGAUCCAAGCCAUGCAAUCAGACUUCAAUAUUGCUCAAACCAAAAUGAAAGCAGAUCAGUGUAACAUGAUCAAGUCAUUAAGGAAUAUUUUCCAGAGGUUUAAAAAAUAAUUGCUCCAAAAAAGGUGAUAACCACAGUAUGUGAUAGCAACACUACUGCAUUCAUUACACAUUGAAUUGUGUUCAUUUGAAACAUUUUUCAGGCGCAGUGUGGUGUCAAAGAAACUCCUAUCUGCUGCAGAUUUGUUUGAUCUUCCCUAUAACCAUUACAAGUACUCUGAUGUAAGUUGUAAUUUUUGCUGUUUGAACCUAGAGAAUUAACUCUUAAUAUCACACUGACAUCUGUCCUUUUUUUCUAUUUCAGGUAGUUGGAGCUUGUUGUGAAAAUGUCAUUGGUUACAUGCCAGUUCCUGUAGGUGUUGCUGGCCCUCUUUUGCUAGAUGGAGAGAAUUAUCAUGUACCCAUGGCAACUACAGAAGGGUGUCUGGUAGCAAGCACUAAUCGUGGUUGUCGAGCUCUCAUGGUAAUUUUCCAGUUUGAUAACUUUUCUUUAAUUUGCAAUUUCUGCAUGUUGAACCACACCACUUCAUCCUCAUUAUGGUUUAAAAUGAACUAAUUUUAUUCACAAGAAGUGAGACAUAGAUUUGCAAUCCAGCUGUGACAGUGUGAUAUAUCUGUGUUGAUUCUUCAACUUGUUUUAAAAGACUUUCUUGAGUAACCAAGAAGAUUUUGUUUUCAUGAAUUGAAGCCUUGUGGCUGUGUGAGCAUUACAGUGUUUUAAAAACAAUUACAGAUUCAGUAAAGUUGCAUUUGUAAUUACGUUGGUUUGUUUCUCAGCUGAGUGGUGGUGUUCGCAGUUCAGUGUUUGGAGAUGGUAUGACCAGGGGUCCUGCAGUAAGAUUUCCUUCUGCAGUCCUUGCCAGGUAAAUUCCUUGUAUCAUGUUCAACUACAAGUAAUCAAUAUAAUUGGAUCUCGUUUCUUUACUUUUCAAUAUCGAAUACUUUCAAGUCAGAUCCUAGCCUUGUCUAAAUAAGUGAAGAAUAUUAAAAUUAUUGGAAAACUAACAUUACAAGGAAUUCAUGCUAAAGAAAACAAAUGUUGUCAUUCCAAGGUAUUUACUUUUUGAUUUAACAUUGAAUUACAGUAAUGCAAAGCAGUGGUUGGAGGAGGAGAAAAAUUUUAUGGAAAUCAAGAAAGAGUUUGACAGCACAAGCAGGUAGGUUCAGAAUUUCAGAUUAUAAGAGUUAGAAUUUUCAAUUUUUGGACUCUAGUCUGAUCCAGGUCUCUAGCCUUAGAAGAGAGUAAUUUUGUGGAUCUUAUGAUGGCCAGCAUAUCCCCAAAUUUUUGGUGUCAUCAAAUCAAAGUCCUGUCUAGAAGGAAGGGGAGGGGUACAGGCUUCUCCAAACUGAUCUGUUUUCCUGGGAUGGUACCAACAAUGUAUGACUCCCAUUAAUGGAUCUAAGUUGAAAUAAAUGAUUAGUAUAAAUUUGUAGACUAGUUCAAUGUAUUCUUCUAGACAGAUGAUUCUAAUUGAUGAAUAUAACUUGCAGGUUUGCCAGAUUGCAGUCAGUGAAAGGAAUAAUCGCAGGGCGCUUGUUAUUCAUUAGAUUUGUUGCAUCAACUGGAGAUGCAAUGGGGAUGAACAUGGUAUCAAAGGUAAUAGAAAUCUUAAAUUAUUACAAUUACAUAUUAACCAUCUGUAUCCAUUUAAUUCCAUAAUUCAGUAAACAAGCAUAAAGAAUAAAAGACAUGCUAGUGUUUGGUUAAUUUUUUUAUCAUUUUGUUGUGAUAGGGAACAGAAAAAGCCCUCUCUUGCUUACAACGACACUUUCCUACUCUUGAAGUGUUGAGCUUGAGUGGAAAUGUUUGUACAGAUAAAAAAGCCACAGCUAUUAACUGGAUUGAAGGCAGAGGGAAGUCUGUUGUGUGUGAGGCUAUUAUCCCAGGGCAUAUUGUACAGAAGGUGUGUAUGCGUCACUUACCUUCUCAGUGCCAUAAAAAGUAUGCUAUCAAAAUUUGAUUGGAAAUCAAAUUUAGUGCAGGAACAUCUUUAAGUAGUCUGCACCAUUUGACCAUUCAAUGAUAAUUGUAAAUUCAUCGUUCCCCAUGGAAGGGAACCUUUGAGAAGAAUACAAAUGCCUAGAAGUAUUUUGGGUAAGGUGUAAGGUAUUUACUUCUCUUCCUUCCAGGUUUUGAAAACAACAGCCUCCGCACUCUCGGAACUGAACAUCAAUAAAAAUCUGGUUGGUUCUGCUAUGGCUGGGGCCAUUGGAGGAUUUAAUGCUCAUGCAGCUAACAUAGUAACAGCAAUAUUUAUAGCUACAGGCCAGGUAUUAUUAUUUAGCCAAAAUGCAUCAAUUUACUUUUCUUUAAAUAGGGUACAAAUCAGAAUUUGCAACAUUAUUGUUGAUUUCAAUGUCAAUGCUGAUUACAAUGCCUUGCUGUUGUAAUUGUUUUCUCCACUUCUCAGAUUUCCUGAUAUCCCUGAUGAAAAAAUAGAUAUUCUAUGGUGGUUCAACUAAUGCAAAUGACCAUUUUUUUUGUAGAAAAGAAAAAAAAAGUUAUAAAUGCAUUUUUCAGUGGAAUGAAGACUUAUUGAAUGUUAAAAACUAGUUUUUCACACUGAAUAUUUGCUUACAAACUAAUGCAGAUUGCAAGCUAGUUAAAAAUGCCGAAGAAAAUGUCUUAAGAUUACAUCUUACUUUUAAUAGGAUCCUGCACAGUGCGUUUCAAGCAGCAACUGUAUCACUCUGUUUGAGCCAUGUGGAGCAACCAAAGAAGACCUUUACAUCAGGUAAUGCUGCUUUUUUUUUUUGGGGGGGGGGGGAGCAAGACUUGAAUCCACAGACUAAUUUGUACCAAAAAUCAAGUUCUAGAUGACUUGCAUAUCUCCUCUGUCUUUCUAAUUUUGAGUCUUUUGUUUUCUGUGAUCAGCUGUACAAUGCCAUCACUUGAGGUUGGUACAGUAGGAGGAGGUACUGUGUUGGGCCCUCAGUCUGCUUGUCUCAAGGUGACUUUUUUUUAAUGGUAUAAUGCUUAAAUUAUUUGUCCUUACAACAAAAAAAUUCUGUGCCAGUAAAGGUACUUACUGGAAAGGAUUACCAAAACUUAGUUCUUGAAGUUUAAGAGGUCCACAAAACAAAGUGUUUGCUGUCAAUAACUCACUUCCUUGUUCUGAGUUGUCCAAAAAGGCACUAAAAUUUUUUAAUGAUUCUGACUAUUUUUAUCAUUAUAUGAUUGAAAACACCAGGGAAAGUGUUACAAGGGGCCCAAAUUGACCAGUGGCAACAUUUUAUUGUUCUCACCACGACUUGCCAGUAUGCCUUUCUCAGAUUUAAUUUCCUUACAGUCUCCUGCAGUGUUGCCCCUUUUCUUUUUCAGAUGCUUGGUGUCCGUGGGCCAAACAAAUCAGAGCCAGGGAAAAAUUCAACAAAAUUAGCACAGAUUAUAUGUGGCACUGUUCUUGCUGGAGAGUUAUCAUUGCUAUCAGCUCUUGCUACUGGUGAUCUGGUUAGAAGUCACUUAGCUCUAAACAGGUAUCAUUUAGAAACAACUUUUCAUGUUUAUUUGAAUAGUUUUCAAUUGCUGUCCUUUAACAGCUAAAUGUACUUAUUAAUUUCCUUCCUUUUUAUACCCUUAAUCUUUUUUCUUUUUGUUGUUGUUUUAUUAGAUCAACAGUUAACCUUCUUGUAGAUGGAGUGGACGGGAGCAAGAAUUGUGCAGUGUUGUAAGAAGAUGACUUCAAAUAUCACAAAACAACGGUGUUUCAUGUGAAACAUAACAUCAUCAAGCACACAUCACUGUGUGCCAACAGUUUUCGUGUAACAUUGAUAUAAGUCGCCAGUCUGUGGUCUGAAACUUCUUUCACCAUCAAAGGCACAUUCAGUUACAGAGGUCUACCUCUUUCAAUGGAAAAUCAUCACUCUCAACACAGGUCAGAUUAUGGAUCCAGAUGUUGUUUGGACAAAUUUUUACUGCAACCAAACCAACCACAGUUCAUAGCUUUCUGAGAGCUAUGAACUGUGGUUGAGAAGAUAGGAAGCAAGUCAAAAAAUAAGAAAAAAUAGGGACUUGACACCCUGCUCUCAUGGCAGGCACACUAACUAUCAAACAAAGGUGGAUUGAUAGGUGCACAUCUCCUUGUUUUGCAAUGCUAAAUAUGGCCCUGUCAAUUGGCCCUCUACAACAACUACUACUUUGGUUACACAGCAGCCAGAGAAAGAUUAGGAAGCCACAAGGUUCAGUAACUGGUCAACAACUUUCGUUUUAAUGUUUGUACUUGUCAGCACAAGGGUAAAAAUUACUGAAUAAAAGACAACUAAAUUCCCUCUUGAAUAAGAGGUUAAUAAUUUUUAGAUUAUGUUAUUUUCAUAUCGCUUCAUGAGAUAACGUCUACAUUUGAAACAAAACUCUACAGUAGGCUAAAAUCAAUUUUAAACCAAGACAGAUGUCAUGAUAGUAAAAUUUAAAAUUGCAUCCUUGAACUCAUGUGUCUUGAAAAAUUUUAUUUAUUAAAAACUGUAUUUUUAGGAGGAACAAAGAUUUUUUCUCAAUAGUUAUAAAUAGAAAACAAUGCUCCAUUAAAACCUCAUUUGCAGAAAGUUGUGUAUUUGUUUUGCUCUUGAUUUUAACUGCAGUUUAAAGAGUUUGAGAUCUGUAAGAGAAG